CCAUUUGUGAAAGAAGUCACACUUGCCGGCUGCCCACGCUGCAGCUUUUGUUGCAAUUGCACUCACAUUGAUAUAUUCUUGUUGUAAUAAAAUAUGGCUACAAAUUUACGACGAAGUACAGCUGCACAGUUCUUUGAAGAUGAAGACACGGCUGUUGCUGAGACCAUGUCAACUUAUGACCGGGUGGUUGAACUGAUUAACCAGGCCUCAUUGUUACAAAAAGAUGUACAGAGAAUAGGCAACUUAAAACAGGUACAAGAGUUGAUCAUCAAUAAAGACCCAAAUCUACUGGAUAAUUUCUUAGAUGAGAUGCUUGCAUUUCAAACAGACAAGUCCUCCGAUGUCCGCAGGUUCAUCAUUGGUUUUAUGGAGGAAGCAUGCAAGCGGGAUCCAGAAAUAUUGUCCAAGAUUGUCAGCAACUUGAAUAUCUUACUUCAAGAUGACAACAUCCAAGUUCAGAAGAAGGUUAUACUUUCCAUGAUACAGCUGUAUAAAGUGGCAUUACAGUGGCUGUGUAAGUCUAAGAUUAUCACAGAGACCAUGGACCAAACCUGGCAGUUUCUGGUCAGGAUCAAAGACAGGAUUGUGGAUCUUAUGGACUCAGAAAAUGAUGGUAUUCGCACCCAUGCAAUCAAGUUCAUUGAAGCCUUGGUAGUCACUCUCUCUGCAAAGACAGAGGACUCUGAAAUACCAAAGAAAUCAGAGAGUGACAUCUCUCUAGAUCAAAUAGAUGAAAAACACAAGUAUCUCAAGUUCAAGAAGUUGGAAGAAGAAGGCAACAAAGCUCUGGAUGCCUUACUGGAAUACCAAGCCUCGGCACACAUCUCAAGUGUGAACUUAAUGGCCUGUAUGGGAAGUCUCACCUCCAUUGCCAAACAGAGGCCACAGUUUAUGUCCAGGGUAGUGCAGGCCUUUGAAUCCUUACAUGUGAACCUCCCUCCCACUCUGGCUAAAUCCCAGGUGAACAGUGUACGUAAGAACAUGAAGAUGCAGUUGUUGAUCCUGCUGAAGCACCCUGGCUGUGUAGAAUACCACCCUCAAGUCACCACACUACUCACUGACCUCGGGGCCACACAGAUGGAGGUUGUAAAAGCCAUGCCUAAAAUUGAUGAAAAUAGAAAAAGAAAACUAGAAGCUGGUCAACAGCAGGCCAAGAAGGCAAAGAUGGAGACUAAAAUAGAAGAUGAUGAUGUUGAUGAGACACCAUUUGUAACAUUGGGUGGUGGGAAGCAGCAGACGACCACAUCCCAGCAGUCGGCCAUUGAUGUCACAGCAGAGGAGCUGGUGCCGCGGCUGAAUCCACACAAUGUGGCAGAUCUCGUACUUCUCAGCAUGGUGAUGUUACCGGACACCUUGCCUGCCUCUUUCCAAGCUACAUACACCCCUAUUGCUGCGGCUGGUACUCAGGCACAGAUAAAGCACAUGUCCAGACUCCUAGCCACUCAACUGGUGGCCGCGGGCUAUGGACAUGGCUUCACUGAGGCCAAGAAACUCCAGGAGAAAGACAAAGCCUCUAGUUCAGCUGCUGCUGACGUGGAGGAAGAGGACGAAGACCAGGCACCUUCACCAAAACACACUAUACAGACACUUGUAGGUGGAUCCACUGCUGCAGGAGUCAAAGAAGACAAAGAGGCAACAAAGAGCAUCUUCCUGCCACCUCUGCCGGCUGUUGCUCCAAAGAAAACUCCUGGAGGAUUGAGACAGUUUAAGUUGGCCAGUGUCACCAAGCCUCUGAAACCAGAGCAGCUGGAUGACAUGGCUGCCAGCGCCAUCACCAGAAUUCUCAGAGCAGACAAGCAGUCUAUGUCAUCAGGCAUCCUGCAGUCUAGGAACAAGUUGUUGGCAGGACUUGUAGCACAGUUUGGAGGAGAGCUGAAGACCAUGCUGAUAGACUACAUAUUUGAGGACCUACGUAACCGCUCUGACCUGGCAUUUGCGUGGCUGUACCAGGAGUAUGCCAACUACCAGGGUUACACAGUGACCAGUGGAGAGAAGAAGAGUAGCCAUGCCUAUGAUGAAUGCUUGACCAGGCUAUUGACUGGUCUUCUGAAUAGACCAGACCAGAAAGAAGGGUUAUUCAGUCGACUCCUGCUAGAAGCCCCAAGUAUUACAGACAAUGCUGUCCAUGUACUGAAGAAGUAUUGCCAGGAUGAGUCUAGAGUGUACCUUGGGAUGUCCACAGUGAGAGACCUGGUGCUCAGGAGACCCAAUCAGAAAAUGAAGUUCCUCAACGCCCUGCUGGACUUUACCUCCCACGAGAAACCAGAAGUGAGGAACAUCGCUACCAGGGUAACCAAGAAACUGUACGAGAGACCUGACCUCAGAGAGCACAUAGAGCAACAUGCUUUGACCCACCUGAGGUACUUAACACAGCCACGACCACCUGCCAAAUUAUUUGGUCCAAACACUGGGAGGCCAGAAUAUCAAGAUGUCUGGACAGACGAUAAUGCCAAGUUAUGUCUGUACCUAUACCUGGGAAUACUACCUGUCAAUGAUGCUCUCAUUCAUGAGCUAGCAUUAGUGUACACAGCCACAUCUCCAGACAUCAAGAGGACCAUCUUCCGUGUUCUAGAAACUCCAGUGAAAGCCAUGGGUAUGCAGUCCCCAGAGCUGUUAUUGAUGGUGGAAAACUGCCCUAAGGGAGCCGAGACCCUGGUCACCAGGAUAAUACACAUUCUUACUGACAAAGCUGCCCCGUCACCAGAGCUGGUGGAGAGGGUACGAGAUCUGUAUCACAAGAGGGUAUCUGAUGUCAGGUUCUUGAUCCCUGUCCUCAAUGGACUGACCAAGGUAAUAUAUGUCAGGUUCUUGAUCCCUGUCCUCAAUGGACUGACCAAGGUAAUAUAUGUCAGGUUCUUGAUCCCUGUCCUCAAUGGACUGACCAAGGUAAUAUAUGUCAGGUUCUUGAUCCCUGUCCUCAAUGGACUGACCAAGGUAAUAUAUGUCAGGUUCUUGAUCCCUGUCCUCAAUGGACUGACCAAGGUAAUAUAUGUCAGGUUCUUGAUCCCUGUCCUCAAUGGACUGACCAAGGUAAUAUAUGUCAGGUUCUUGAUCCCUGUCCUCAAUGGACUGACCAAGGUAAUAUAUGUCAGGUUCUUGAUCCCUGUCCUCAAUGGACUGACCAAGGUAAUAUAUGUCAGGUUCUUGAUCCCUGUCCUCAAUGGACUGACCAAGGUAAUAUAUGUCAGGUUCUUGAUCCCUGUCCUCAAUGGACUGACCAAGGUAAUAUAUGUCAGGUUCUUGAUCCCUGUCCUCAAUGGACUGACCAAGAAGGAAGUCCUGGGAGCACUCCCCAAGCUGAUCAAGCUGAACCCAGUGGUAGUGAAGGAGGUGUUCAACAGGCUGCUAGGAGUGGGAAUCUCAGCAGAAACAGACUACUCCAGUCCUCUAACCCCAGAUGAACUUUUAAUUUCUCUUCACAACAUUGAUCCUGACAAAUGUGACAUGAAGACAGUAAUCAAAGCCACCAACCUGUGUUUUGCUGAGAAGACCAUCUACACUCAAGAAAUCUUGGCUGUGGUGAUGCAGAAGUUGAUGGAGCAGAGUCCACUUCCCACAUUACUGAUGAGGACAGUGAUCCAGUCCCUGACCAUGUACCCCAAGCUGAUAGGGUUCAUCAUGAAUAUACUGCAGAGGCUGAUCACCAAACAGGUUUGGAAGCAGAGGAAGGUGUGGGAAGGUUUUGUGAAGUGUUGCCAGAGGACCAAGCCCCAAUCUUUCCAGGUGCUACUUCAGCUCCCUGCCCCUCAGCUGAAGAAUGCCUUUGAAGUCAGUCCGGACCUGAGAGAACCCCUCCUCCACCAUGUACAGGCUCUAACACCUCAUCAGAGGGCACAUAUACCCAAGGCAAUUUCGGCCAUCUUGGAGCGAGACCCUCUGGAAGAGCAACGGGCAGCUGAGGCCAAAGCUAAGGCUGAACAGGAGAGGAUAGACGCUGAGAGAAAAGAGGCAGAAGAAAGGGAAAAGGAGCGGCUUUUUAAACAAAAACUUGAAGAAGAAAGACAGAAGCAGAUGAGAAUACAGCAAGAAAAGGCACUUAAGGCAACAUCAGAGGCCCAGCCUCCAGCCCCAGGGGAACCUGUGCCACAGCCCCAGGGUCAAGCCAUCAGUGUCCUGGGGGGACAAGCCAUUAGUGUUCUUGGACAGUCUUUCCAUAGACCUCCACCUCCCAGUGUAAGGACCCAGAGUGCUCCCAGUGUUAAAACACAGCCUAUACCCAGUGUAAAGACUCAGCCUUCCAGUGUAACAAAGACUGUCCCCCCAGUGACAGCUACUGCAACAGAAACCACAACACAGCACACAGUCUCUGCACCACCUGCUUCAAACCCUUCAACAAGUCUAGUAAAAUCUGAAGAAAAACAAGAACCUUCUAAUGAAGGAAUGGAAAAAGAAGAAAAUGAAGGAAAAGAAAAACAAGAAAAGGAGAGGAUGGAAAAAGAAAAAUUAGCAAGACAAAAAAUAGAAAAGGACAAAAUUGAAAAAGAAAUGAAAGAGGCUGAACAAAAGAGACUUGAAAAAGAAAUGCAGGACCAAAAAGCAAGAGAACAAUUAGAAAAAGAAAGACUACAAAAAGAAAAACAAGAAAUGGAGAGAAAAGACAGAGAAGUGAAAGCUCAGUUGGAGAAGGAAAGACAGGAAAAUGAAAAGAAAGCAAUGGAAUUACUGGAAAAGGAAAGGCAGCAGAAGGAAGAGGAAGAGAAGGCGAAAUCAGUUAGGGAACAGUUAGAUCAGAAGAGAGCAGACCAGGCAGAGAAGGGGGAAGCGGUUGUCAAGGAGACGGAGGAAGUGGUUGCCAAGGAGACAGAGGAAGUGGUUGCCAAGGAGACAGAGGAAGUGGUUGCCAAGGAGACAGAGGAGGACAUGGAGACGGAGGAUUCUCAGGAGACAGAACCAGGGGAAGAAGGGGAGGCCAAAGAUGAUAAACCAUCCCCAGUAGUGGGGCGAGGGAGAGGGAGGGGUAGAGGGGGGAAGAAGAAGACAGCAGCGGCUGCUCCCGUCAGGAAGAGCACACGGCAGAAGAAGACAAAAGCAGAUGACUGAGCAUUGAUGAAGUUGUUGUUUACACAUCAACUAAAUCUGAAAAGCUGAUUAAAAAGAAAUUUCUGUUCAUUAAAUAUAGCAGAGUUGAAAAAAGAUCGAGUUUCACAGAAAGCUGCUUUUUUUUUUUUUUUUUUUUUUUAAGUGGCCAUCGACCUUACUAUGAAUUCAAAAGGAAACCACUAAGAGUAGAUGGCAAUACAUUUGAAAUGUUUCCUAGAUGAUAAAAGUAAUGUGGCUUUAAUUACGUCAUUAAAAAAAUGACUGCAGAAUAUCUUUUUUUCUGAAAUAUUACAGAAGACAGAAUGGCAAUAAUGGUCAUAUUCAGAAGAGCUAGUUUUCUGGUAAUUAAGAAAUUGAAUUUUACCAGUGGGAUACAGAGUGUAAUAUGAGAUCUUAAAAAAUAUUACUAGUGGAAUACAUGCAGUGUGUAUAAUGUGUGUACAAGUGAAGAUCCAACUUAAGUACUAUUGUUGAUUGUCAAAAUGCUGUUGCUAUGUGUAUAUGUAGUUACUGAUAAUUAUUGUUAAACACAUGUACAGACAAACAUGUCAAAAUAAACAGUUGAA